AUGAACUUCGGUGGUACACUACGAGUUAACAAAUUUGCAUGUUUUACUUUAGCAUUUGUAUUAUUUUUAAUAAUAUACUGGCGUUCGGGGGGACCUGGAUAUCCGACGGACACCAGCGAUCUCGUCAACAUAAAGUCGUUGUUGAAUGCUGCUAUAUAUGCUGCUGAACGUGGCGGCGUAAAAGUUAUAGAGGGAAGAAAUCACGGUGCAAAAGUUCAUACCAAAGGAAAGACGAAAGAAGGUGCAAAUGAUCCUGUAACCGAUGCAGAUUAUGCUUCCCACUGUGUAAUGUACUACACUCUUAGAAAUGCUUUUCCUAAGAUAGCUAUAGUAUCAGAGGAGAAUUUAGAUGGGGAUGAUGAAUGUCAGAACCAAGACCCAAUAGACGUUGAGUCACCACCACAGGGUCAGCAAAUAAUAAAUUAUCUUAGUGAUGAGCAUGUUCUGGCAAAAGAUGUUACUGUCUGGAUUGAUCCGUUAGAUGCGACACAGGAAUAUACAGAGGGAUUAUAUUCCUUUGUUACCACUAUGGUAUGUGUUGCAAUCAAUGGAGUACCUAUAGUGGGGGUUAUUCAUUACCCCUUUCCUCCUACCACAUAUUGGGGAUGGCUUAUGAAAAGGACUUCUAGUAACAUACCUAAAGUAUUAUAUAAAGAAGACAGUAAAAACAAUCCAAAAGUUGUGGUAUCCCGCUCUCACCCAGGCAAAGUGGCAGAAAUGGCAAAAAAUGCAUUCGGAACUAAAACUACCAUCACAAAUUCAGCAGGUGCUGGUGAUAAAUUUAUAAGUAUUGUGAAUGGUACACAUGACGUGUAUUUACAUGAAACUGCUAUCAAAAAGUGGGACUUAUGUGCCGGCCAUGCCAUUUUAAAAACAAAUAAUGGCACAGUAACAACAACCAAGGGUGGAAAAAUAGACUAUACUAGUGGUAGUAAUGUUGUUGUUACUGAUGGUAUUUUAGCCACUUUAUAUGAUCAUCAUUAUUAUCUUGGUAAACUUAAAGGUUCUGUAUAA